ACGGCUGGGAUUGAGAAGACUUGGCGCUGCAGUCACAGUCACCCACCUCACAAGAAAAUCUUAGAAUUUUGUCAACUGAGCGGAACCCAGAAGAAUCAGGAGGUUUUACGCACGGAGCUCCUGGUGACUUCCACUGACCUGAAGAACACACUGUGACAUUUUUUUUUUUUUUUUUUAUCAGUUGUUGUGUAUUUUUUUUUUUUUUUUUUUUGUCCGUGUCGCCGUGAUAAGACAAUGUGGGGGUUUCAGAGGUCGCGGUAUGCAGACUGCAACGGCUCCGAAGCCAGUGAGGAGACGGAGAUUGUUGUCAACAUUGGCGGAGUCAAACAGGUGCUGUACGGGGACGUGCUGACUCGGUACCCGGACACCCGUUUGGCUGAACUGGUGGACUGUUCGCUCAGGACUUCGGAAGAAAUAUUAUCAUUAUGCGACGACUAUGACCCUGAAACAGAAGAAUUUUAUUUUGACAGAGACCCCGAAGCUUUUAAGUGUAUAAUUGAGCUGUAUUAUUAUGGAGAGAUCCACAUGAAAAGAGGCAUCUGUCCGAUUUGUUUCAUGAAGGAGAUGGAGUUCUGGAAAAUCGGUCCGGAUUUUCUGGAUGAAUGCUGUAAGGGCCAUCUGAAGGAGGUAGAGGAUGAACUUGCGGAGAUUGCCGAAAAAGUGAGAACUAUCCUGGUGGACCGAGAGGGGGAUCCGUCUGCAGGAGGCUGGCAGCGCUUCCAGAUCUGCCUUUGGAGACUGAUGGAGAAGCCGGAGUCCUCCCUGCCUGCGCACAUCAUUGCUAUAGUUUCUUUCAUCUUCAUCCUCGUCUCUUCUGUGGUCAUGUGCGUGGGGACCAUCCCCGACCUGCAGGUGGAAGACUCAGAGGGUCACCUGACAGAACACCCCACUCUGGAGGUCAUUGAAACGGUGUGCAUCGGCUGGUUCACUAUUGAAUACGUCCUGCGUCUGAUCUCCUCUCCUAAUAAAAUCAAAUUCGUUCUGGCUUUUAUGAACAUCAUCGACUUCAUGGCGAUCAUGCCCUUCUUCGUGGUGCUGAUUCUGACCUCCUUCGGUGCAGGGGUGAUGGAGCUGGCUAAUGUGCAGCAGGCAGUACAGGCUUUACGCAUAAUGCGCAUUGCGCGUAUUUUCAAGCUGGCACGCCAUUCCUCUGGACUCCAGACUCUGACAUCUGCCCUGAAAAGCAGCUUCAAAGAACUGGGACUGCUGCUCAUGUACAUGGGGGUGGGGGUGUUCCUUUUCUCCGCACUGGGCUACACUAUGGAGCAGAACCACCCGGACACCCUGUUCACCAGCAUCCCCCAGUCCUUCUGGUGGGCUGUGAUCACCAUGACCACAGUUGGAUAUGGAGACGUUUACCCCAAAACCACUUUAGGUCGGUGUAACGCUGCCAUCAGCUUCUUAUGUGGGGUGAUCGCUAUAGCUCUACCCAUACACCCCAUCAUCAACAAUUUUGUCAUGUUCUACAACAAGCAACAGGUGCUGGAGACCGCAGCCAAGCAUGAGAUUGAACUAAUGGCGCUGCGCUCUGGUGAUGGAGAGCUGAAGGCUGCACCAGACUCACACAAACAUGUUUGCGGCGCAGGGGUGUGGGACAACACCAUGCGUUCAUGUCACAGCGACACUUACAUCCCCUUACUGAAGGAUCCCAGGGGAGGGGCAGGGAUCCAGAGUCCCAGCAUGGACACCAGCUUUGAAAGCACAGCCGAGGCCACCGAAUAUUUUAUUUCAUGAACACCCAAGACUGUGCGUCAUUGGAAAACAUCACCCAAAAAAAAAAAAAAAAAAAAAAGACACAAAAACGUACAUUUACUCAUGAUUAUAGACUUGUUCAAACUUAAUCCGAACAAUGCAGGGUUAACUAGAACACAGACUGGGGGACAUGACUGUAAAUAGUCUCGGAGCGCAGUAAUGUUCUCCAAGGACCUGAUGCUUUUUUUUUUUUUUUUUUUUUGAGUAAUCGCGCCUAUUAAAGGGACAUGUGUGUUAGAUAUUGACUUGAUGAGCUGCUCCUUUGCGCAGUGAGUCUCUGUAGACUGAGGGCUUCUGUUUGAACAGCCAGUACACACCGAUUCCCCCAUGGACUGUAGGGUUAUUAUAUAACACCCCCCCUUCCCCAUUCACACUCAUACUGUAGAAACACUGUAGCUUAUUCCUCUGUACAAAAAAUAUAUCAUCGCAAUGAAUGUUUUUAUUCUAAAAAAAAAGAAGAAAAAAAAAGAUUGUUAGCUCUUUAUGGAGCUU